AUGAGAAUCCGUGCGAGGCUCAGCCUACUAUGGCAAGGACCCAUAGGCCGAGCUCUGAUGGCCAUUUCGCCGCCUGCUAAUUUUUUGACAUUACACUAUGUCUAUUUCAUUGCGACCUGUUUAAUUAGCAGUAUCAUUUUCUAUUUGACUUCGACUCCAUGGAAGAGCGUUGCCUAUGUCGAUGCUAUUUUCUUGUGCGUCAGUGCCAUGACUGGCGCGGGUCUGAAUACAGUGGAUUUAUCAACUCUCAACACCUUUCAACAGGUCGUUUUGUUCAUUCUGCUUAUUUUGGGCUCCGCGAUAACCGUCUCCCUGGCAGUGCUCAUGGUUCGCAAACGAGCAUUUGAGGAAAAAUUCCGGGGAGUAUCGGAAGAGCGCAAAAGUGCUCGGGCUUCAAUUGUGGAUAUGCAGAUGCAGAAUGCAGAGAGUGGCGAGUCUUCGGCACACGAACUAGAUGAUCAAAACUGCAAACCGAGACAACAUGCCACUGUGGAUGUACAAGAGGUCUCUGCGGAGCAAUCUCCUCAAGGUCAAAUCGCAUGGGAUAUGGAUGACGAUCAAAUUACCGUCGCCGAUACACUAGCUCGGCAUCACCACCACCGAGUAUUUCCCAUGGCCGGUGUUGGAGCUCGUCCAGAUCUGAACAAUCACCCUCGGGAUGCGGCGCCAGUUCACAUGUACGCAGAUGAAACAGGCAAGUCCAAGUUCGGAGGUAUCCUCCGCGGCACACAGAAAUACUUCGCUUCAAAAGGACUUGUUUCUCGAAACUCUCAAUUCCAUGGCUUAACAUCUGCCGAGCGAGAGAAGCUAGGUGGCGUCGAGUACAAGGCAGUUUCAUUUCUUUCGGUCGUCGUAGCACUGUACUUGAUUUUAUUCCUGCUUCUUGGAGCCAUCGGCGUCGGAACCUGGAUUCAGGUUAACCAUCCAGAAAUUGCCCGCUCGAAUGGGCUUUCACCAUUCUGGACAGGUGCUUUCUUUGCCGUAUCGGCAUUUGUCAACAGCGGAAUGGCUCUCCUGGACGCGAAUGUGACUGCUUUGCAAUUGAAUGCGUACCCCCUUCUCACUAUGGCUAUGCUUAUUCUCGCUGGAAACACACUCUACCCUUGCUUCCUGAGAUUUAUUAUUUGGGUCAUGCGAAUUAUGCUGCCAGAUCGUCCGGAAUGGAGUUCAUGGCGAGUUACUCUUGAUUUCAUCCUAGAUCAUCCAAGAAGGGUAUACACGAAUCUGUUCCCGGCACGCCAUACUUGGUAUCUUCUUGGUACAAUCAUCGUGCUCAACGCGAUUGACUGGGCUGGCUUUGAGAUCCUGUCUAUUGGAAACAAAGAAAUAGAGGAUCUUCCUGACAAGUAUCGAGUGUUAGAUGGUUUGUUCCAAGCAGUUGCUGUUCGCUCUGGUGGUUUUUACGUGGUCACGAUUUCUGAUCUACGACAAGGUCUCCUUGUUCUCUAUGUUCUCAUGAUGUAUGUGUCAGCGUUCCCAGUACUGGUAACCAUGCGCAACACAAACGUGUACGAAGAACGAUCAUUGGGCAUUUACGCCAACGACGAAUCCUCUGAAUCACCCGCAAACACAAGCCGCAGUAACGUCUUCGUCGACCUAAUCCGACACCAUUUGGGCCGACCCAGCGCCUCGGAGACCUCGCGCGGGUACUUCGUUCACCAGCAACUGCGAUCUCAACUAAGCCACGACCUCUGGUGGAUCGCACUCGCAGUUCUUUUCAUCGCAAUCGCAGAAUCAGACCACUUCAAUGCGCAGCCUGUCGCAUUUUCCACCUUUAACAUUAUUUUUGAGGUUGUGUCAGCUUAUGGUUGUGUUGGGGUUAGUGUGGGAUACCCUGGGAAGAACUACUCGUUUUGUGGAGCCUGGCAUCCUAUUAGCAAGUUGAUUCUUGCUGCUGUUGCAUUGAGAGGAAGACAUCGCGGAUUGCCGGUUGCUAUUGAUAAAGCAAUUAUGCUGCCGACUGAGUCUUUGGCUUGGGCGGAAGAGGAAGAUGCUCAGUUUCGAAGGGAGAGAGCACAGGCUUGGGGACAGGGUCGUAUGCCUGUUGGAGAGGUUUAG